AUGGUUGGAGAAGGACAAGACAGCGGAGAUAAGGCCAGCCCCAAGCCUCUCCUCCCAUCUGAGGCAUUGAAGCUUACUUGGUUUCUACAGGGUACAAAGUUACAAUAUAUUCAGGUAGCUGAGCUCAUUGGUGAACCAGCUCCAGAAACGGAAGGGUUCUAUUUUCAACAGACAAUGCUUCGUAUCAAAGAUCCAAGAAAAUCUCUACCUUUCUACACUAAGGUGCUUGGAAUGAGAUUGCUCAAGCAAAUGGAUUUCUCUGGGGGUCAGUUUUCGUUGUACUUUAUGGGCUACAGAAAAGCUGAUGAAAUUCCUCAAGACGAAGUGGAAAGGAACCGCUUUGCACUUUCGGCCUUGGCUACCAUUGAGCUGACUCACAAUUGGGGAACAGAAAAUCAGCCUGAGUUCAGCUAUCACAACGGUAACAAGGAACCAAGAGGGUUUGGUCACAUUGGAAUUGUUGUGCCAGACGUUGACAAGGCUUGCGAGCGUUUCGAGAAAAUGGGCGUGAAGUUUGUGAAGAAACCGCAGGAUGGGUCAAUGAAAGGGCUUGCGUUCAUUCAAGAUCCAGAUGGCUACUGGAUCGAGAUUUUUAAUCCGAAAAAUAUUUGCUGA